AUGGCCCAAUCAGAGCACAAUGAGGACAUCUUCUAUUUUACAAAGGACGGCCAAUUUGAGUCUACUCUUAAGAAUAUGCUCCCGACACACAUCGAGGUACUCAAGGAGCACUGGCGCCAUUUCGACCCAAAACAACUUGAUGAGCAGGUGCACACCGUCGCAACGUUGCCUAUCAGGGAAGAGACUGGGUUGCUGCUCAAUCGUCCCAAAUAUUUUUGGCCGAUCCGUCGCUUGCGCCACGGGCUCUACCAGGCUGAAGUCAAGUUCGACGCUUUGCCAGUCAAAGUGCAGGUGGAAGUCCAUAAAGACAAGGGCUGCGAUUACUUUGGCACCUUCCCAAUCCCAGAGAUAUACAAUGGCCGCUGCUGUAUGAAGUUCACCACCACCGAGCAAUUCCGCGAGACCUGGUAUGUCAUUUUCUAUGCCGAAGACAAAGAACGAAGAGAAGUCGACUACGAGGUGGCAAUCUUUAUUCCGGGGGAGACUAUGCCUGGGCACCCCAACUCCCUUCCAAUUGGGAGGAUUGGGCAGUGA